GAUUUUUGACUCUUUAAUCCAGGAUCUAAAAUGUCCACUGAGGCACCAAGAGUUGAUGACAGUCCGAGUACUAGUGGAGGAAGUUCUGAUGGAGACCAGCGUGAAAGUGUCCAGCAAGAACCAGAAAGAGAACAAGUUCAGCCCAAGAAAAAGGAGGGGAAAAUAUCCAGCAAAACAGCUGCUAAAUUGUCAACUAGUGCUAAAAGAAUUCAGAAGGAACUUGCAGAAAUUACGUUGGACCCACCUCCCAACUGUAGUGCUGGACCCAAAGGAGACAACAUUUAUGAAUGGAGGUCAACCAUAUUGGGACCCCCAGGAUCUGUCUAUGAAGGAGGGGUGUUCUUUCUUGACAUUACCUUUUCACCAGACUAUCCGUUUAAACCCCCUAAGGUUACCUUCCGAACAAGAAUCUAUCACUGUAACAUUAACAGCCAAGGCGUGAUCUGUCUGGACAUCCUGAAGGAUAACUGGAGUCCGGCCCUCACCAUCUCUAAAGUCCUCCUCUCCAUCUGCUCACUACUUACAGACUGCAAUCCCGCUGACCCGCUGGUGGGCAGCAUCGCCACACAGUACAUGACCAACAGGGCGGAGCACGACCGGAUGGCCAGACAGUGGACCAAGCGGUACGCCACAUAGGGUCGGUGUCCCCGCACCUCGGCUCUGGUGGUCUUAUUUUUAUUACACUUUGAACCGUUUUGUGAUGGAAUGUCACGCCCCCCACCCUGUUCCUUUGUUCUCCCUCCCCAUCCCUUCGCGUUUUGUUCCCUUUUUAAUUUCUAUUAACUUGAAAGAUUUGGGGUUUGUUUUUUUUUUUCUUUUUUCCCACCUCAGCGUGGCUGGGAACUUUUGUUUUCAGUGCAAACAAUGUUGGAUCUGUCAUAAUAAGAGCUUUCUUACAAAGCUUUGUAUUACCGUGUGGUUUUGUUUUUGGUUUUUUGGUUUUUUGGGAUCGUUUUAUUUUGAUUUUCUUUCCUCUUAUGUGAUCUUCGGGAAAACAGAUUCAGAGUUAUAUCUCGUUUCUACUUAAAUGUAGUGCUUAGGGUUAAUUUUUUUGUACUGAAGUCUUUAUUGGUGGGUGCAUGCCACUGGGAACAAGUUUUUGUAAAAAAGCUUCAAUCAGAAUCACUGUGCAUUACUGAGACUCUGUUUAUCACUAGCCUUCUGUCCCCAGGCAGAAGACUAUUGAACAAAAUAAUAUGUAUUUUGAUUUACUUAAAGUGCUUGUAAAUUUCUUAGGGACCUGCCACUUUUGACUGUGGAUCAGUUGAUGUACACUUGUAUUAUUAAAGCACUCAAUAAAUCACUGUGGCUGAUAAAUGCA